AUGCCUCCAGUCUUUAUUCUAGUCUCCAUGACUAUACUGGGUGCCAGCACCAUAAUGGGUGUCUUCACCAACUCACUCAUCAUCACUGUAAACAUCUUUGACAAAGUGAUGGGCAAGGCUCUAAGCCCCUCUGACCUUAUUUUGGUUACUAUGGGUGCAAAUAAUGUUCUGUUUCAGUUCAUAAUGCUGGCAAAUGACUUCCUGAGCUUUCUCAACAGUGAUCUCUACUUUUCGGAUGAGAUUUACACUCUGUUCACAAUCAUGCUGAACCUUCCCAUUUACUCCAAUUUCUGGUUCACAGUUUGUCUCUCUGUCAAUUAUUGUCUGCAGAUUGUUAUCUUCACCAAUCCACUUUUCAUUCGGAUCAAGUUUGCAGUCUCCCAAAUAAUUCCCCACCUUCUCCUGGCUUCUUUUCUUUUGGCAAUGGCAACGGGUGUCCCUGCAGCCUGGAACUUGUACAAAGAUACUCCAACUUUAAACAUUUCAAGCAAUGAGACUGAGGAAAUAAUUGUCUCUAAACUGAAUGUUUAUUACUUUCUCACCUGUAACCUUGUAAGCUGCUCUCUUCCUCUGAUCUUAGUCGCUGUUGCCAAUGGAAUGAUUAUCAAGUCACUGGUGACUAACAUUUCGGAUAAAAAUGUAAAUGGGGAACUGAGUGCAAGAGCUCAAGGUCGGAUUCGGGCAGCAAGGACAAUAAGUUGCCUACUACUGUUAUAUAUUUUCUUCUAUAUAGCAGAAAUUCUAAUGUUUAUAGAUGCCUUUCCCCCCAGCAGCCCAGGGUUCUGUGUCUGUUUGAUAAUCAUUUAUAGUUAUUCUCCUUCACAAUCUAUUGUUCUAAUUUUUGGAAGCCCCAGGCUGAAACAAGUGUCCUUAGAUUUACUAAAUUCUGUACAUUUUUCUAAAAAAAGAAAAACAGAGAAAUCAAAUGUGAUGUUUAUUAAACUUAAAUUACAGAAAUAA